UCGAGUGUUGUUGGUCAUGAUGGCGUCUCUCACAGAACAGUCUCACUCAGAUCUCACUGAGAAAGAAACUCGAGAGAAACUGUCUCACUGGGACCAGCGAGCUGAUCCAAUAGCGCCGUUAACCGAUAAACAGACGGACUCGAUUCUUGAGAUCCGCGGCGCCGCUGAAGUGACUCCGAUUCCAGCUGAACUCCCUAUUGAAGACAUCUGCAGUCUGACGUCUCGAUCCCUGCGCUCAUCUUUCACUACAACUCUGCCAGCGUCCACAGAGGGUGUUCUUCUGGAGGGAUUUCAAAUGCUGGAUUUGGAGAAUGAAAGAAUAGAGACGGCUCAACAGUUCUUUUCCUGGUUCUCAAAGCUUCAGACUCGGAUGGAUCAAGAUGAAGUUGCGAAAUACAGGAAGUCUCGAGAUGUGCUGAACGGCUAUCAGGAGCAGUGUGACGCCAUUCUGACUGAUGUCAACACAGCUCUGCAGCACUUGGACUCUCUACAGAAGCAAUAUCUCUUUGUAUCCACAAAAACAGGAACGCUCCAUGAAGCCUGCGAACAGCUGCUGAAGGAGCAGUCGGAGCUGGUGGAUCUUGCUGAGAGCAUUCAAGAGAAACUUUCAUAUUUUAACGAACUAGAAAACAUAAAUACGAAACUGAACUCGCCAACAUUAUCUGUGAACAGUGAGGGAUUUAUACCAAUGCUUUCCAGACUAGAUGAAUGCAUAGAAUAUGUUUCAUCACAUCCCAAUUUCAAAGACUACCCCAUCUGUCUCACCAAAUUCAAGCAGUGUCUGUCCAAAGCGAUGCAUCUAAUCAAGAUUCACAUUGUUAACACUAUGCAGAACCUCACCGGACAGCUCACUAAACGAGACCCGAUGGGUGUUCCGAAUGCAGAUAAUGCUUUCACGCUGUACUAUGUGAAGUUCAGAGCAGCGGCACCUAAAGUUCGAAGGCUGAUUGAGCAAGUUGAACAGCGAUCUGAAAAAAUUCCUGAGUAUCAGCAGUUGUUGGAUGAGAUUCACCAGUGUUAUCUGGACCAGAGAGAAGUUCUGCUCAGUCCCAGUAUAAACUCCACCAUCACAGAUCUCACCAGCCAGAACAACAAGGAUCACUGCACUUUGGUGCGCAGUGGCUGUUCGUUCAUGGUCCAUGUUUGUCAAGAUGAGCAUCAGCUUUUCAGUGAGUUCUUCUCCAAACCCACAUCUAAACUGGACGAGCUCCUGGAGAAACUGUGUUUGUCACUGUAUGACGUUCUGAGACCACUGAUCAUCCAUGUCGUUCAUCUGGAGACACUCUCUGAACUCUGUGGAAUCCUGAAGAACGAGAUGCUGGAAGAUCACGUUCAAAACAACGUGCUGCAGCUGGCCGCGUUUGAUGCAGUCGUGAAGCAGAUGUUGGAGGAUGUUCAGGAGCGUUUGGUGUACAGAACACACAUAUACAUCCAGACUGACAUCACUGGAUACAACCCUGCACCAGGAGACCUUGCCUACCCCGACAAACUGGAGAUGAUGGAGAAAAUCGCUCAGAGUCUGAAAGAGGAGCAGAUGAAGUUGACGUCCAACAGCUCUUUCUCUGACGUACAGCUGGAAGAAUCGGACAAUAGAAAAAUCAGCCCAGAUCCUCGAUUACAGAGCAGUGUUUCUCCAGCAGAUCUGCACGGCAUGUGGUACCCAACUGUCAGACGCACGCUAGUGUGCUUGUCCAAACUCUACCGCUGUAUAGACAGGGCAGUGUUUCAGGGUCUGUCUCAGGAAGCGCUCUCUGCCUGCAUCCAGUCGCUUCUCAAAGCCUCUGAUGUCAUUCAAAAGAACAAGACGCCGAUUGAUGCACAACUCUUCCUCAUCAAACAUCUGCUCAUCAUGAGAGAACAGAUCGCACCGUUUCACGCCGACUUUGCCAUUAAAGAGAUUUUUCUGGAUUUAAAGAAGACCAGAGACGCUGCGUUUAAAAUGUUCAGCCCGAUGGCAGUGCCCAAAUUCUUCCGGCUGAACAGUCACAAUGCAAUCCUGGAGUUUUUACUAGAGGGCACACCUGAGAUAAAAGAGCACUACAUCGAUUCAAAGAAGGAUGUGGAUCGGCAUCUAAAGUCCAGCUGUGAGCAGUUCAUACAGCAGCAGACCAAUAUGUUUGUGGGCAACCUGGAAGAAUUUCUCACCAAGGUAGGAGCUCUAAAAACGAUGGCUGUUCAAGGAGGACCAACAUACAGUCUCUCUCAGCAGCCAUGGGCACAGCCGGCCAAAAUAAAUGACCUCGUGAUGGCUACAUAUCGAAUAAUGAAAAACAAGCUCCCCGGCACGUUACAAAGCAUGUCUUUAUAUCUGGCCAAUAAAGACACGGAGUUCAUUCUAUUCAAGCCGGUCAGGAACAAUAUUCAGCAGGUGUUCCAGCGAUUGCAUGCAUUACUGCAGGAAGAGUACAGCGGAGAGGAUCUGCAGAUCAUCGCAUGCCCAUCCAUGGAGCAGAUAAAUUUGCUGCUCUCGGUGAAGUGAAGUGCACUGGAUCUUCUGACCACGGCAACACUGAGAGAGGAGACCAGACCAGAACCCUUCGUGAGGGCCUCGUCCUGAACGGUCCAGAAGGUUUUGAAGAUAAACAAGUCUUUGGGGUUUUUCGUCAGAGACAGUGUGCUUCCCAUCCCAAGCCUGAACGCUUUAAAGACAUUGCUGUUGCUGUUGCUUGUUGGUCACUCUUUUAUUUUCUUCUGUUUUGGUGUUGAUACUAAAUCAGCUUGUACAUAUUUAAAUUAUAUGAUGGCAGAAAAGACACAUAUGCUGAUGGUGUCAGUUCAAGCAUUGAUCUGUACAUUCAGAAUGCACGCUGCCCAGCAGAGGCGAAUGUUGUCCACUUGGUGGUGCUGUGGUUCAAAGAAUAAAUAUAGACAUGAGUAGAGAGGAAAUGCCUUUAUAGGUGUAGGAAACAAGAUGUGCAUAAAACAUAUUUAUUACAAAUAAACAUUACAUUUUGCUAUUCUUUUCUCACCCUCAAGUUGUUCCAAACCCAUAUUCUGUUUUUCUUUCUGUGGAACCUUAAAGGAGAAUUGAGGAAUGUUCAGGCAGCUCUUUUCCAUACAACAACUGUUCAUAGUGACCACGACUGUCCAUAUGUGCUAUUUUCCAAGUCUUCAGAAGCCAUAAGAUAGACCCAAAUUUAAGUGUUUAUUCACUGAAAAUCUGCCAAAUCUUAUUUGCGUCCACGCCAGAUGCAGAAAUCAUGGCAAACGCUAUUGGUCCUUGUGUGUCACGUGACCGAGCACAACAUAAAGUGUUCAAAUAUUCAGAAUGAGAUUUGAGAGCUGCAGGAGAUUGGAAGAUUUACAUUUGACGUUCGACUUAAAUUUCAGUCUGUUCUUCAUGCAAAGCUUUUAAAUGUCUUGGAAUAUAGUGCACAAGUCAUAUUGACUACUUUUAUGGUUGGGUAUGUGUUUUGGUGUGAGUAAUAAGUACUAUUUAAUAUAUAGUUCACUUCCUUUUUGACAUGAAUGACAUGUUUUGUACUGUUUGGAGUGAAUGUGAUUUAAUCCUAAUGUAAAUCAUUUACUGAUCUGAACUAAAGAGCUGAAGGUUUUUUUUUACACAUUGUGCAUUUUAUUCUUCCAGUCUUUGUAAAUAAAUGCACACACAUCCAUAAAAUUCUCCAACUGAAAAGCAUGAACCUUCACUACUUGGAAAUAAGGUUUUGUCCAGUCAUAGGGUAUUAAACAUUGAUUAAAAUCUUUCCAAAAGCUUUUAUAGAAAUGAGCUCUUUUGAUUUCUAUCAGGUUAUUUUUUUGAACGGUGCUUUUAUGGCCGAUAUAAAUCUUAAUUUUCUCCUGCGUUAUUGGAAUGGCAUUUCCUUUAUCUUCAAUAACAGCUCAGCUGUCUGACCUUCAACCUCACCGCUAAAGAGCGACUUCAAAAAUAACUUACAAAUGCUUUUCCGAACGCCUUGGGUUCUGCCAUUUAAUCGCAAAUAAA